AUGCCACAACUCCAACAAAUAAUGUCAACAUAUCUAUCUAAGAUCGUAUCUAUCAGAAAAGAUUUAAAUGAAGGAAGACAACAGACUCAUAACCUGGCGGCGCAGUUCUUCACUCCAUUGAGAAGUUCGGAAGAAAGUGAGUAUGAACUAAGGUUGUCUGGAAUACUGUCAAUAGAUGGGGUCGCUGUCCCAGGAACUUCGAAGAAACUCUGGCCAAUUUCUAUCAUGCUCGUCGAUCUUCCAACAGGCGAUAUGCAGAAAAGUAGUAACGUGAUGCUGGAAGGUAUGAUAGAGAGCAGCAGCAAUCCCUCUACAACACUGUGGAACUCAGUCUUGCCGAUUAUAUUGGCGGAUUGUGAGGCUAGAGAAGGAUCCGUUGGAAUGUAUAAAUACAGACUUCAUAUCGUUACCUUUUUCCGUCUACCGCUAGCACUGGUAGCUGUUCAAUCUGAGUUUCUGAAGCCUAAAGCCCGAUUUGCAAUUAUUGCUCUCUCGAUGAUUGCCAAUAAGAUAUACACAACUGGAAAAGGCCCUGCAUUGUUUGACGAGCAGAUGUGCUCCGCUGCUCUCUGGUUUUUGAAAGAGGCCAGCGAAGAAUACUUGUCUUGCAAAACACAUGAAGUACUGUUUCAUUUGCCUGAUGUUGUUCAUGCAUUUGGGAACAUUGGCCCUCUUGGCACAUUUGCAUUUGAAUCGUCCUAUCAAUUUGCACUUAUGGGUUACAGUACCAGAAUGACACGACACUUCUCGGAGACAGUUUGCGCUAGAAUUCUUAUCCAAAACGCGAUUAGACGAGAAGUCUCUCGACGCUUUGCAGACAAUGCGUCCCCCAGCCUCAAAAAAUUUCUCACUUUCACGAAAGGGUUGACGCCGCAACAAGUUUACUACAAGAACGUCAUCAGCUGCCAAUUGGAAAAUGUAGAUGAACCGUAUGGUGACGGAAACACUCUAUACGGAUCACUAUCUUUGCCUUGUGGGAAACUUAAAUCUGAAUAUUACGAAUCGAGCACUAAGGAUGACGUCUUUUUUGCUGUGAAAGAAGGAGGGCAUUUGGAAUGUUUCAGAUUUGUUGCGGCUAUGGUGGAUGCUGGAGAGAUUAAAAUAUUAGCAGAGCCAUUCAAUGAGAUUAAUGUCGCCAAUCAGUUUCCCUCUCUCUCCAAGGCUCUUCAAGAGCUCGAUAACACUGAUCUUUAUUAUGGGCAAGAAGUGAUCCGAAUGCUAAAGGAAUUUGAAGGAGUAAAAUUUUGUCAACUCUCGGAGAGAAGAGUCUUCGUUCCCGUGAAAUCCGUCAUUUCUCUUGGAAGUUAUAUAGAUUGUGGAGAUGGACUCUGUGUGUUUGCCGUAAACGGGACAAUGAUUCACAAUUAA